AUGGUUGUCUUCGACGGCCACGAGUACCUUACUGAAGAGGAGAGGCGCCUGAAGGAGGAUCGCGAGCGAACAAAAUACUGGAAGAAAUGGGGACCCUACGUUGCCGAGCGUCAAUGGGCCACGGUGCGAGAGGAUUACAGCGCAGAUGGAGAUGCCUGGAGUCACUUCCCCCAUGAGCACGCCCGAUCCCGCGCCUUCCGAUGGGGGGAAGACGGCAUUGCUGGCGUCUCCGAUACGCACGGCCUCCAGAAUAUCGCCUUCAGCUUUUGGAAUGAAGAAGACGAUUUUCUCAAAGAACGACUAUUCGGUCUAUCCAACCCCCAAGGAAACCAUGGCGAGAGCAUCAAGGAAGCCCACUUUCACGUAGACAAUACUCCUCUUGAAAAAUCAGAUAGCCCCGAGGCUGACCUUCUCCCCAGACACCAGCACUCGUACAUGAAAUUCCUUUACAAGUAUCCUCAAAACAAGUUCCCAUACCAGGACCUGAUAGAAGAGAAUGGCCGGAGAGGCAAGGAAGAUGAGGAGUAUCAAAUCAUCGACACCGGUGUCUUUGACGAAAACAGAUAUUGGGACAUCUUCAUUGAGACCGCCAAGGAAUCUGACGAUCCUGACGAGCUACUGUUUCGAGUCACCGCUUGGAACCGGGGCCCUGAUCCAGCACCUCUCCACAUCAUUCCUAUCGUGUGGUUUCGCAACACGUGGAGCUGGGGUCACGAAUCUCAGGACAAAAGGCCGUCCAUUGCUGCACAUUCUGACCUGUCCGUCAAAUCAAACCACUAUAGUCUUGGGGACCGAUACCUGCACUACUCUCCAUCUCCGGGAGUAGGAUCAAGUGGCGAGGAUGUGAUGCCUCUGUGGAUGUUUACGGAAAAUGACACAAACUAUGAACUUUUGUACAAGCAAAAGAACCAGCAACCUUAUGUGAAGGACGCGUUUCAUAGAUAUGUUGUCGAUGGCGAAAAGGCAGCCAUCAACCCCACUCGGACUGGCACCAAGUCCUCUGCCUGGUUCAACUUCAACGAGGAUGGCGGCGUAAACCCCGGUGAAUGCGCAGUCGUCCGGUUCCGUUUCAGCAAGAAGGACAUGACAUACCUUGAUGAAGAAGAAUUUGACGACGUCAUUGAGAAACGACGUGAAGAAGCAGAUGAAUUUUAUUAUCGAAUCAGCCCCCUGCCCAUGACUGACGACCUACGAAAUGUCCAACGACAAGCCUUUUCAGGAAUGAUGUGGACGAAGCAGCAUUACCACUUCAUCUGGGACCAAUGGGCCAAGGGCGAUCCAUGGACGCCGCCGCCGCCUCCUGAUCGAUUGGGUGUUCGGAAUUCUCAAUGGAAACACAUGCAUUGCGAUGAUAUCCUGUCAAUGCCCGAUUCCUGGGAGUAUCCCUUCUUCGCCGCGUGGGACAGCGCAUUCCACUGCAUACCCUUGGCCAUGAUCGAUCCUGACUUUGCCAAGAAGCAGCUGGAUCUAUUUACUCGAGAGUGGUACUGCCACCCAAAUGGGCAGCUCCCAGCAUAUGAGUGGAACUUUGGCGAUGUGAAUCCUCCGGUUCACGCGUGGGCGACAUUCAGAACAUUCAAAAUCGAGAGAAAAAUGUAUGGACGUCAAGACCUUGACUUUUUGGAGAGAGUCUUUCAAAAGCUGUUGCUCAAUUUCACCUGGUGGGUGAAUCGCAAGGACGCUGAUGGCAAAAAUGUUUUUGAGGGCGGCUUCCUCGGCCUUGACAAUAUCGGUCUGUUCAAUCGGUCAGAACCUUUGCCAACGGGAGGCGUGCUGGAGCAAGCAGAUAGCACGGGGUGGAUGGCGUUUUACUGCUUGUCCAUGCUCAACAUUGCGCUCGAACUAGCCAAGCACCGACGCAUUUACGAGGACAUUGCCUCAAAGUUCUUUGAGCACUUCAUCCUCAUCAGCGACGCCAUGACUUUCAGGACCGGCCAGAAAGAUGAAAAGUCUCUCUGGAACGAGGAGGAUGGCUUCUACUACGACGCCAUCUCCUGGGGCGGCCCUUGGAUCCAGCAGCUGCCGGUGCGGUCUCUCGUCGGUCUCAUUCCCCUGUACGCAACCACGACCUUGGAACCGGAGCUUUUGAACAAGCUCCCGACGUUCCGCAAGCGGGUGGAAUGGUUUGUUCAGCAUCGAGAGGACAUGGCCGAGAGAAACAUGGCGAGCAUCCGGAAGAGGGGAAAGGGCGACAGGUUACUCCUCUCCAUUGUAAGCAAAGACAGGUUGGAGAAGAUCCUCAAGCACAUGCUGGACGAGGACGAAUUCUUCAGCGACCACGGGAUCAGAUCCCUGUCCAAAUACCACAAGGACAAACCUUUCUCCAUGGAGGUCAAUGGGCAACAAUUCAAGGUCGGGUACGUCCCGGGCGAUUCAGACACGGGAUUGUUUGGCGGGAACAGUAACUGGCGAGGGCCCAUCUGGCUCUGUGUCAACUUCCUGCUGGUCGAGUCCCUUCAGCGGUAUUACCUUUUCUACGGGCCCGAGUUCCAGGUCGAGUGCCCGACCCGAAGUGGCGACUACAUGCACUUGGGCAAAGUGGCAGAGGAAAUCCAGCAUCGUCUCCAACACCUCUUUGCCCGCACCGACGACGGAAGGCGCAGGAUCAACGCCGGGGACGACCGUCUCGACUUUGACGAGCACUGGAAGGACUACCUCUGGUUCCAUGAAUUCUUCGACGGCGACAGCGGCCGGGGCCUGGGCGCCACGCAUCAAUGCGGCUGGACUGGUCUCAUUGCCAGAAUGAUCCACGACACUGGCACAAACUGCCGCCUUCCCCAAACGCCGCGGACACCCUCCGCCGCCAUGGCCCACUACUUUGACGACAUGUUCCAGCGCAGCCUCGAUCUCGGCACACCCCGGUCCCCUGGCAUGCGACGGAUCCGCCGCUCGUCAACGGCCCGGUCCAUCGGCGCGCGGAGCGACUUUACCAACGGGGUCGAUGAUGACGCGCAUUCGCUCAGUAACUCGGUGCUUCAAGAUGAUGCGGAAAGGGUCCGGGAGAAGCUGGAGGCAGAUUUGCAUUUGCAUCGGUACAUAUCGGAUCAGCUGGAGCGAUACAAGGAUGAAGGCCUGAAGGGGGCCCACGCAGACGAGUAUGAGACCAAGGCUUAG